AUGAGCAAAUUAGAAACAGGAAAUAAACCAUUGAGAUCUGAGCGCUAUGAGCAGAUCAAGCAGAUCAAGUAUCCUUGGUGGUUUGGGGGGUCGGCAUCAUGUAUGGCGGUUACAGUGUCUCACCCACUUGAUUUGAUUAAAGUCAGGAAGCAAAUGCAAAACGGUGGGCAACAAGGAACAACCAGGACUGCCAUAUCUAUCAUAAGGCAUGACGGUAUCUCUGGCCUGUAUCGUGGAUUAUCCGCUGGCAUUAUGCGGCAGCUGACAUACGGUACUGUUCGCAUUGCCAGCUACGAAGCAAUGAAAGAGAAUGCGAUUAAUAUGGGGAUUCCCCUCAACCCUGUACUUCUGGGAUUUAUGGCCGGAACAUCUGGCUUCGUUGGAGCCAUAUUCGGCAAUCCAUCUGAUAUUGCGAAUAUUAGGAUGCAGAAUGACAGUGCUUUAUCUCCCGAGAAACGGUACAACUACGGAAAUGUUUUUAAUGCCUGGAGGCAAAUGAGGCGUUAUGAAGGCUGGUCUGGAUUCCGACAAGGUUUAUUGCCCAACUGCUUUCGUUGUGGCUUGAUGACGAGUUGUCAGCUGGCUUCAUACGAUUCUUUCAAGACAUUCUUAGCCAAUUCUACUCCGCUUUUUGAAAGAGGAGAAGAAACUCCUAUGUUGCAUAUCUCAGCUUCAUUACUUGCUAGUCUCGUUGCCACUACUGUUUGCAGCCCAAUCGAUGUUGUGAAAACCCAACUGAUGGGAAACAAUAAUUCUCAACGAGGAUCGGUUCUUCAGGUCGUUCGCUACCUUUCGAAGACAGAUGGCUUCUUUUGGAUCUUUCGGGGCUGGAUGCCCAGUUUCGUUCGAUUAGGACCGCAAACUAUAGCGACUUUGGUUCUUUUAGAGCAGCAUAAGCGAAUAUACAGGAAGUUAAUUGUCGACCCACAGGAUUAAGG